AUGAACAACAAUAUCACAUCUCUGAAGCUGGUACUAUUGGGUGAAGCAGCAGUUGGGAAAUCCUCUAUCGUAUUGAGGUUUGUAUCCAAUGACUUUUCAGAGAAUAAAGAGCCUACUAUCGGUGCCGCAUUCUUGACCCAACGAGUUACUAUCAAUGAACAUACAGUAAAGUUUGAGAUAUGGGACACGGCGGGCCAGGAAAGAUUUGCAUCUCUGGCACCAAUGUACUAUAGAAACGCACAGGCGGCACUUGUUGUAUAUGACGUGACUAAGCCACAAUCAUUCAUAAAAGCACGUCACUGGGUGAAAGAGUUACAAGAACAAGCUAGCAAAGAUAUAAUUAUAGCACUAGUGGGGAACAAAAUUGAUGUUCUAGAGAAUGGUACCGAGAGAAGUGUAUCUCGUGAAGAGGCCGAAAAGCUUGCAGAGGAAGAAAACUUAUUAUUCUUCGAGACUAGUGCCAAAUCGGGAGAAAAUAUCACAGAUGUAUUCCUGGCCAUUGGUGAGAAAGUACCCUUAAAAACCGCAAACCAAGCAAAUGUUCCAAAUAAUGCUAAUGAGAAUCAAAGAGUAGACCUAACAUCAGUGGUAAAUAAUCCUGCUGCUAACUCAAGCUGUAGUUGCUAG